AUGCGUCAAUAAUCUUCGAAAAACUCUUUUUUAAAAACUAUCCCAUUUUAAACAAUUUUUAUGGAGGCUUUAAAAUAACCAUCGAUGUGGGUAUAAUCAAACAUGAUUGAUGGAAAUAGUUAAUUUUAAGGUAUCGAUGAAUAAAUCAUUCAGGAAGGCUACUUUUAAAAGUUGAUAGUUAAUGGGAAUCAGUGUAAUUAAAUCUACAUCCUGAGAAAUUAUACAGAAAAGGAGUAGGAUCUGAGGAUUAUACAUCUUUCUGUUAAUUAUAGGCAUGUUUUUUAAAAAAGUUUACUCAUUUUGAUCCGACGAUGCCAAAUUAUAGAUACGGAAUAAGACUUCAAUUUGGAUAAUAACUAACUCAUUUAUUAUGUGAGAAUUCAGAUAUAUUCAAAAAAUGGUUUCAAUUUUUAAGAAGAUUUUGCAUAAUGGAUAAAUUUGCCAGAAAAUAUAAAGUACUUGGGAAAAUAAAGUACAAUGACCCAGUUUUUGGUUAAUGUUUAUUUUCUUGUGUGAGAGUACAAGAUGCAGAGUAUCAUAUAGUAAAAGUGAUAGAAAAAGAAGUUAUUACUGCAGCACAAAAGCAAAAUUUAUAUAGGGAGUUGAGUAAUCUAAGAAAAUUAAGUCACACAUAAAUAUGUUAUAUUGUUGAAGUUUUUGAAGAUGAAUAGAAUGUUUAUAUCUUAUACGAAUAUUAUUUGGGGAUUGAUUUAAGAUCUUAUAUAAAGGAAUCUUAAAUUUAUUAAAUGGCAGAAUAAUCCACUUAAGGAUUGGAUGAGAAAUUGGUUGCAGAUAUCAUAUAUGGAAUUCUAUAAGCAAUAUAGCAUAUGCAUUCAAGAGGAGUUUUCCAUAGGGAUAUAAAAAUGGAAAAUUUGUUUAUUCCAGAAAAGAAACGUUUGCCUUUUGUUGUGUUGGGCAACUUCUGUUAUUCAGAAACUACAGAUUAGUUAUAAUAUAAGAAAUGUGGAACUCCAGGAUUUGUUGCUCCUGAAAUAUUUAGAUCUAAGAAUUAUACAAAUAAAGUGGAUUUAUUUUCUUUAGGUGUUAUCUUCUAUUUAUUAAUUUAUGGGAAACUACCUUUUGAAGGUAAAGAUUAAGAAGAAAUACUUAGAUCAAAUGAAAGAUGUGAAUUAGAUUUUAGAAUUGAGUAACAAUAUAUAAUUAAAUAGAAAAAAAAUAUGUAAGAAAAUUUCGAAUUCUGGAAUGGAUUUGUUAAAAGGAUUGUUGAAUAAGGAACCAAUUAAAAGAUUAUCAGCGACUUAAGCACUUAAUCAUCAUUGGUUCAUAAAAAUGGGAACUAGACAUUAAAGAAAUUAAUAUUUAUAAGUCUAAAGAGGAAAAUCUCUGUCUACUAUUAUUGAAAAUUCAGUCGACAUUACUUAAAGGUAAUCAAAUUUAUUUUAACAAGUUUUUUAGUUAUUAUUAAUCAAAUUCUCAAUUGCAUUAAUCAACAAAAGAAGAAGAUAGAUUAGAUAGAGUAGAAAAGGAAUUCAAUUAAGGAAGUUUAUAUGAUAAGUUGCUCUAUUUUAAUAGUAUUUAGUAUUAACCAUCUAAAAUUCGUCACAAUUAACCAUCAUAGUGA